UUCUUCUUGAUCAUUCCAGAGACAAUCUGUACCGCCUAUCGUUGCACCUGGACGUGCGGGAAAAGAUGCCCUGGGAGGUGACCCCGGCGAUGCGCAACACCUGUCUGGACAAGGGCCAAAGCGAGGAAGCCUGCCGGAACCACAUCAUGGUGCUGCAGAGCUUCGGCAACCGGGUGUACGUCUGCGGAACGUACGCCUUCAGUCCGUACUGUUCCUGGCGGCAGAUGGAAAACCUUACGGUUACGCGGUUCGAUAAGGGCGUAGCCAAGUGCCCCUUCAGCCCUUUUGCGAACAAUACGGCACACAUGUCCGACAACGGGAAACUGUACGUGGGCACUACGACGGACUUUUCCGGAUCCGAUCCGGCUAUUUUGAGGGCGGACGUUACGCAGGAGGGCAGCCGAAUGCUGCGGACCAACCAGUACAACUCCAAGUGGUUGAACGAUCCACAAUUCGUCGGAAGCUUCGAGCAUGGAGAGUUUGUGUACUUCGUGUUCAGGGAAGCUGCGGUGGAGUACAUCAACUGCGGUAAAAUCGUCUACUCACGGAUAGCGAGGAUCUGCAAAAACGAUCCGGGUGGCACUCAGAUAUUGAAGGACAACUGGACGUCUUUCGUGAAGGCCAGACUGAAUUGCUCCCUGCCGGGAGACUAUCCGUUUUACUUCAACGAAGUGCAAGGAAUGGUCUACUCACAGGAAGAAGGCGUUCUGUAUGCGACUUUCACGACUCCAGAAAACAGCAUCCAUGGGUCGGCAAUCUGCGCCUUCAACAUGUCCGCCAUCCACACUGCAUUCUCCGGAGCGUUCAAGUACCAAGAUUCGCUGGGUUCCGCGUGGCAUCGUCAGGAUGCUCAGCAUCGUGAUCACUUCGAAUGCCAUGCUGGACCAACCGCUCGCCAUGUAUCGCUAAUGGACUCGUCCAAAUAUCAACUGAUGGAUCAAGCCGUUCAGCCCAUCAUCGGUCAGCCUCUUCACUACACCAAACUGGAACGGUUCAAUCACAUCGCGAUCGAUGUCAUUCCAACCAAGCUCCACGAGCGAGUUCACGUGAUCUACGUAGCAACGGACGCAGGUCUCAUCAAGAAGAUCUCCGUUCUACCACGCACGAAAACGACGUGCGUCGUUGAGAUUUGGCGACCCGAACCAAGCAGCGAAUCGAAGAUCCGAACCAUUCAGUACGUGAAGGAAACGGACUCUCUGUAUGUGGGCACGGACACGGCCUUAAGCAGGAUAUCCUCGCACCACUGCAAUCGUCACCUGUCCAGACUGAGCUGCCUCAACUCGAUGGACCCCUAUUGCGGAUGGAACGAGCUACAGGAAGCUUGCACGAUCGCACCUAACGGAGAUACGUUGGCAAAGUACUGGAUACAAAAUGCUACGGAGUGUCCGGUCCUCACUGCUCCCGUUGACGGCGGAUGGUCCGCUUGGUCCGACUGGAGUAAAUGUGCGCAAUCGAAUGGACAAGCUAACCCGGUUAAUGCCAACGAAGACAUUGCUGCCAACGCAGAUUCUUGCCUCUGCAGGACACGAACGUGCGACAAUCCUUCGCCUAAAAAUGGAGGCCGAUCGUGCACGGGGAUGAGCAUAGCUGUUACCAACUGUACUGUUCACGGCGGUUGGACUGACUGGUCGGCGUGGUCGGCAUGUUCGCAAACCUGCGGAAUGGCGGUCAAGACCAGACGGAGGACUUGCGGUAACCCCAAGCCCGCUCAUGGCGGUCGGGUUUGUGUAGGGCCGGACCGUGCGGAAAUCUACUGUUCUCAUCUGCCGCCGUGUCCGGCUCCGAAACAACCACCGAUCGAUGGAGGCUGGGGUCCGUGGGGAGUCUGGGGAGAGUGCAGCGCGCUUUGUGGAGGAGGAUACCGCAUCCGCAGAAGGAAAUGCGACGAUCCGACACCGCAGAACGGCGGCAUGGAGUGCCCGGGAUGUCAUUUGGACUACGAGGUCUGCAACACCCAUCAGUGUCCGGAUGUGAAGCGAACGGGAGCGUGGACACCGUGGCUGACGGUGUCCAACGGUACCCUUCCGAACGGUGGCUACGUGGAGAAGCGAUUCCGGUACACGUGCAAAGCUCCGAUUGCGGACGCGUCGCUGUUGAAGAUCAGCCCGAAGGAGGAAACGAGGGUUUGCCACGCGGAUGGAUCUUGUCAGCGAUCCAGUGACGGCGCCGGUUACGGUGCCAGCGAAAACGAAGACGGUUGGGGUGAGUGGAGCUCGUGGAGUAGCUGUAGCACUUCCUGCGGCGGUGGCCAACAGUUCCGAACGAGAUCGUGUGAGAAAGGCGGGGAGUGUGACGGAAUCAACAAAAUGGCACGGGCCUGCAACACGCAGCCCUGUAAAGGUGAAUGGGGUUGCUGGAGCGACUGGUCUCCGUGUUCGGUGUCUUGUGGACUUGGAACACGAACUCGUUCACGCCAGUGUCUAUCGAUGUCGGGCAACGUGAUCUUCGGGAAUGACUGCGAGGGCCAAAGUACCCAGUACGAUACCUGCGAAAUGCCCAGCUGUGAUUCAUUCCUCGGAUGGGGUGAGUGGAGCGAGUGGUCCGCUUGUAACAUGGACGACGAGAAGGUUCGAACCAGGAAGUGUCUCAUACAGACGCCGGAUCUAAAGAUGUGUCAGGGCAGCGAUCGCGAGACUCGCAAGUGCCAGGUGGAAAUAAAUAACGAAAUUCCUCACGCCCUGACAGCGGGAACCUCUUCGGUAGCGGUGAUUGUGGUCAUAGUGGUGUUCGUCAUUAUCGCUUGUUGUGCUGCAACCGUAUUCAUCACCAUACACCUGAUGAAGAAGAAAACCAAAGGCAUAAAAGCUAUCCAGGGUUCACCAUGCUACGGAUCCUACCCGAAUCAGUACUCUUCGCUGCCUACAAAAGACUACACCGAGAGCCACAAGCCGAAGCGCCAAUCCUCGUUCAACGGCCGGAACGAUGCGAGUGGUUCGAAAAUAGCCAACGGUCACACCACGCUCACCAAAUCGAACAAUGUGAACGGAGCGGUGCUCGGCAACAACACCCCAAAGGUGUUGGCCAAGUCGUUUAACGAUCCAGACACGGCCACCAUCAAACGGAACUCGCACGGACUGAACAACAUCCGGCAUGCCCGCCAGCUGGAGCUAGAGGAGGAGAAGUACUGACUGACCGACACCACGGACGACCGAUCGCGAUCGCAACGGGAAGUCGAGAGUGAUACGACGACGGUGUGAUUCAGGCGGAUAAGGAAGUUUGGAAAAUACUUCAAAGUUUAGGACUUAUUUUCGAUGAACAGAUUGUCGGAAAUCAGAGGAGUUGUAGAUAAAAGUUCAAGAUGAGUGAUUUUAAUGUUCAUUGUUUUAUAAGAGUGAGGAUCAGCAGAAUGGUUCAAGAUGAUCUCAUCUGCUGGAAGAGUCAGUGGAAAAGACACGAAAAAUAGCAAAAUUAUUUAAUGCCAGGAACGACCGAAGCAGAAGAGAUGUGUAUAACCGUUAACAGAGACCAAGCGGACUUGUAUGCAACUCGUAUGCAACAGAAUUUGAAAUAUUCCGCCAUUAGAAGAACAGUUGAAUUGGAAACGAGCCGCACCACUUUUAAUAGGGGCACAGAGAACAGACAUCCAGGCUAGAACAAAUUUCAUUCGGAAAGUUGUGUAAGGAUUUGAAUCUUAACUUGAGUAAGGUUGCAAACCAAUACACGAUGACAACACUAACGCCACCAAACACCAUAUUGCUACAGUCAGUGGUGAAUUGAAACAUUUCAAGUGGUGAAUUUAAUUAGUAUGGGAAAUUAACCGAUUGCAGCGCCACGCUAUUGCCACUUGUGUUGCCGAUUUCAAAUGACCGUUAAAUUCCUUACACAGUUUCGGAACUGGACUUGGAUGUCUGUUCUCUGUGAUAGGGGUGAUCAGAGUAACACGCGGCCCCUAAGGAAUGACUCGAGAUGCGAAUGAACCUGCUUUAGGUCUGUGAGUCAUAAACAAGUUGAAGUAACAUGUUUCGAAAGUUUACAGAGCGUUAUUUUACACCCAAUUCCCAACACAACACUCUAAUUCAUUAUCAUAGAACAAAUCAAUUGGACGCAAGGCUGAUGAAAUUAGAUGGAUUCGCCACUUUUUCAAUAGUAUUUCAUAGUUUAACGGUUAGAGAGAAUAUUUUACGCAACCAGAAUUGUCAAUUCUAACAGAACAAAUCGAGAACAAUCGUAAGCACACGCUUCAAAUCGCAAAAUAACGAACGAGGGGCUACAACAAAUAUUUAACCAAAUGAAAACGCGUUUUACUACUUACAGACAAACACACGCAACUUAUGUUUAUACGCACGCAAUCCCACGAUAAUCCAGCGCAGGGUAACACCUGCCUGCCUUUAGCUAACAAAAUCGGAUUAGGACAUAUUUGAUAGUUAGGAGAAAACUGUUACAUUACACUCUGAUUAGCAGUUGGUUCGUGCCAUUAGGGUAGGGAGAAUAAUGCAGAAUACUUUAGCAGAAAAACGAUGGAGCAAUUUGGAAGCGUUUUAAUACAGUACGACUUACACAUACUUAAGAAGCAAUUCAAUCAUUUUUAAAACUUUCUCUAGAGACUAAGAACGGGAUUGAAAAAGUAAAAUCUGAUUUUACUUGUGAUAUACAUAGUAGCUCAAAUUGAGCAGAUUUCAAUUAUUAGUUUAGAUACAUAUAGUCUAGUAGUAAUAGGGCAAACUGAGUUCAAACAAAAGACUUGACCGAAAAAAGACAUUGAUAGCAAUUUUAUUGAGAACAAAAGACAGUUGAAUUUUUAGUUAAGAAGCCAAUCAGAAAUAAACAGUUUUGUUAAGUUGAA